GUAGAAUCGCACGGGCAAUGGAGAAUGCUCGUGCCGAAGCAGCCAGUGUCUAUUCCGGUGACGGAACUGCGGAGUCGUCUCCUGUCGUACCCGCAGCUCUUGUACCCGAAGAUGGGGAUGACGUCGUCGAGGAAGAGCUAUUGUCAUCAACGUCAGGCUUCGGAGCAGGCGGCAUAGAAGGUGAUCACGGCGCUUCAAGUAUAGGUCGUGAACAAGAGGAAACUAUAGGUCGUGAAUCCGAUGAAGCAGCGUCAGCUGUGCUAGAUGAAAUCCGAGCGAUGCGAGAAGAGUUGAUGGAGUUACAACAAGGUCCAGCAACUACGGGAGAUAGUCUGGCAGCGACUGUAUUGGUAAGAACAGGAUCGUGCAAAAUUUAAGUUUCACUCAGUACGACCGAUUUAGUUCAUAUUCUUGAGUAUCUUCUAGUAUAACUACGAAUCAUCCUGCUCGAACAACCGGUUAGCUUUCCCUCUAUCUCGUAGAUGUAUCCCUACUUCCAAGAAAAUAACGAAUCAUGAAGAUCCUCUCAUCAUCAUAAAUCACAGGACGGAACACUUCUACCCGAUUCUGGCGCUUUGGACGCAACAAGAUUACCUAGUCAAGACCUACAACAGUACAACCAGCCACCCGGCAGACGAUCUACAACGCGAACGUCAACAUCAUCUAGCAAUAAAAUGGUAAAGCAGUCAAGUUGGGAUCCAGAUGAUGUUGCUGUAGUCACAAGCUUUCUAGAACGAAGUCCACCACCAAAUAAGGUGCAAGGAGCUACUAAUAUCCCACCGAAUGUCCGCGUCCCACCAUCAAAUAAGGUGCAAGGAGGUACUAAUAUCCCACCGAAUGCUAGGAGGACAUCAAAUAAAGCUGGUUUUGGUGGAGGCGGUGGAGGAGGAGGAACGGUGAAGAAGAGAG